UGAAAGUCGGUUGGAUGUGAGCAUUUCUCCUACUUAAAGCCCCACCAGGUUAUCAUCUAAGCACGUUGACUGCUACAGCUAGAAGGAAUAGAGAGUAACAUGUGGAGACCAAACAUCUCUUCCUACCCACCUCCCUUUCGCCAAUCCAACUACCACCACAAACAGGCUCAUUCUGACCGUCCACCACCCGUGGCCCAUCCGUUACCCAUCAUAGACCUCCAACACCUAAAUCCCAACUCCCUUGGAGAAGCCUGUGGAGAUUGGGGCCUCUUCCUUUUAACCAACCAUGGAAUCCCACCAAUCCUGACCACCCAAAUCCAAGACCAUGCCAAGAUCCUAUUCUCCCUGCCCUUUGAUUCCAAAGAGACCCAAAUCACCAAUCAUCCCAUCACAUACUUUUGGGGUACCCCAGCUAUCUCACAAAAUGUCCAAAACCUCAAUUGGGUUGAAAGCUUCCAUGCUCCUCUCAAACACUUGCAAGAUGGUGGACACAAAAUCCACCCCAUGUUGGAGUCUUUCAGGUGCAUGUUGGAGGAGUACGGGCGGCACAUGGUACGAGUUGCUCGACAACUUUUCGAAGCCCUGGCCAUGAACUUGGCAUUCGACCCAAUACAGAAGGCGUCCUACCUAUCGGAUUCUGAUGGGCUAUUGCGAGUCUACCGCUACCCAUGUUGUCCCAUGACGACUGGUGAAUUCUUUGGCAUGGAUGCUCACACGGAUAGCUCGGUACUCUCCAUACUCAAUCAAGAUGAGGUAGGAGGCUUGCAAGUCCUUAAGGACCUCAAAUGGGUCGAUGUAAGGCCGAUCCCAGGCACGCUUGUGGUGAACCUUGGCGACAUGAUGCAGGCCAUGAGCAACGAAGAAUACAAGAGUGUGAAACAUAGGGUGGUGGUGAAUGGAAGGAGGGAGAGGUUCUCCAUAUGCUAUUUUGCUUUUCCCAUGGAAGAUGGUGCCAUUCAUAGUUCAAAAUACAAGACAUUCACGUACAAGGAUUUCAGGGCCAAAGUGCAAGAAGACAUCAAGACCACAGGUUUCAAGGUUGGUCUGGACCGUUUCAAGCUCAAACAGCCGGACUCGGGUCUCGGGGCUUGACCCGAAACUUUUCUUCAUGGGUUUUCUUUCCUUUUGAUGUAUUUUGCCGACACUCGUACAACCACAUGUUUAUUGUACUGAGUAGUUGCCAUAGCUAGUAAUGAUGCCAUCAUUAAAUUCGGGUAGGUUAAGGACCUUUUUGAACACUAGAAAAGUGAUGUUUUCUUCUAUUCACGGAUUGGUGUUUAGCGAGCUAGCAUUUGAGCAUUAAUUUCGUCUGCCAAUUUGAAACUGGGGAUGCAAAACCAAGUUUUAGGA